AUGAUAACUUUAGUAUCAGUAGUAGUAGUAGUAAAUGGUUUGCACUCACGUAUCAAACAAUACCCGAAAGUAACGCUCGACACGUGUGGUAUCGGCAGACAAUCACUGUUGAUGACUACCGGUCAGUGUCUACACUAUAAUAUGACUGCAAAUAUUCAAAACGGACGAUUAGCCGAACCGGGAGAGUGGCCAUGGAUUGCAUAUGUUUUUGUUCAAAAAUAUUUUUUGUUUAUUAUACCAACUGAUAGACCCGGUUAUAAGAUAACUGUGCGCGCAGUUAGCGAUCGGAGACUUACAUAUAAAGUGGACAUUAGUAUUGUUCACAAUAAGUACAAUACAGAUGAUGGCAAUAAAGACAGCAAAUAUGACAUUGGAUUAUUGAAAUUGAUUUCACCGCUACCGAUACCAACCAUCACAACAACAACAACAACAAGUGGUGGUCAACCGUAUCGGCCGCUUAAAGUAAACGGCAUUUGUUUGCCCGACAAAGAUAUUGUUAACACUGAGGAUGAGUUGGCAUUGAAUGCCGGUUACGGUUAUAUUGAUGAAGGUGUUGUCAAUUAUGGACCACUGAGAAUGAAUUGGAUAAUAAUUAAGAAAACAAUUAAUAAUUUUUAUGAUGGUUGGGGUAAUUGGAUCAUAUCUUAUAGAUAUCCACCUAAUACAGGCUCUGCUAUUUGUAAGGGUGAUUCUGGUGGACCACUGGUCCAGUAUGUCGGGGAUCGGGCGGUAUUAAUUGGUCUAACAUCGGCCAGUUCGGUUAAAGUUCAUUGUCUAUCAGACAAACCAAAAUCUAAAAUGAUUUUUAUAAGAGUUUCCCGAUUUAUCGAUUGGAUUGUCGAUACUAUUGAAAAUAAUUAG